ACAAGUUAGUCAUUUCAAAGACUAGCAUCAUAGACUAACCUUGAGGAUGUAUAAAAAGCAUUGAUUCCUCAGUUUGUGUCUUUAUUCUUUGUAUCUUGUGAUGAUGAGGAUAUCAUUGUUAACGUUUGCAUUUUAGCACCACUUCACCCAUCUCACCAUGAGCGCCAGAAGCCACAGAUCUUGCACCAAGCGAUGUUGGAGCUGCUCACAAACCAAAGACGUGCGUGGGCGAUUGCCUAGAGUAACAGUGGGAAAGACGGAGUGGAUAAAACGUGAGGAUGAAAGGUCAGAUGUGGACUGGCCACGGGACAAGAGUCCCGAACUCGUAAAAGGUCCGUGGACCCUAGAGGAGGAUGAGAGGGUGGUGGGGUUGGUCCACAAGUUUGGCAUGAAGCAGUGGUCGCUCAUCGCCAAGCACAUGCGCAGCAGGAACGGGAAGCAGUGUCGUGAGCGCUGGCUCAACCAUCUCAACCCCUUGGUGAACAAGAGCCGGUGGACCCCUGAGGAGGACCGCAUCAUUUGCCAGGCCCAACGGCUACUGGGAAACCGCUGGGCCAACAUCUCCAAACUGCUGCCCGGCAGGCCUGAUAAUGCCAUCAAAAACCGCUGGAACUCGACCUUGAAGAGGAAGAUGCAGAAGGAAAGCGGCCGACUCUGCCUGCGUCACCCUGACUCCAGCAACCUUGUUAACACCUCCUCAAGCUCCUCCUCUAGCUCCUCCUCCAGCGGCCCCGCCUCCAGCAUAGCUGACGCCACUGCCACAAAGGAUCAGCUGAUGAGCAGUGAGGUUCUCACCAUGUUGACUGACUGGAGCCCUGCCCACAGCGGCGACCAGAAAGAGAGAGCCACCAUGCUGUCACGCUCAGAGGAUCAGCUGAUGAGCAGCGAGGUGAUCUCCAUGUUUACCGACCGCAGCCCGGCCUACAGCGGCGAGCACAAAGACAGAGCCGCCAUGCUGUCACGCUCAGAGUUCUUCAGUCGAGGGGCCGUGGAAGACGGAAAGAUGGGACCUGUCAGCUCUGCCCCCAAUGAAGAGUUGACAUCACGUGAUGUGUUCAGGACCACGGAGAUGAGAUGGUUUUUGACUUCAGCUCCCAUGAUGGCUAUGCCCUCAAAGACAGACAGCGGCCAUCCGGACGAGGCAAGAGACAAACACCUG